CCGGUUUCCUUCGCCGGCGCGGAAGUGGGUGGAGCUAAGAGGGAAAACAAGCGCUCCUUUCCGGGGUAGGGGCACGGUUGGAGCAUCCACGGAGGAGCCGGGAGUCGUCUGCGAGGUAGCUCCUCCCACGCCUCCUAAGGCCACGCCUGCCAGCAGGACGCCCGCUUCUGCAAGCGAACCCCGAACCCCGGGCCUUUUCCAAGGAUGACGCGGCACGGCAAGAACUGCACGGCGGGCGCCGUGUACACCUACCACGAGAAGAAGAAGGACACAGCGGCCUCAGGCUAUGGGACCCAGAACAUCCGCCUGAGCCGGGAUGCCGUCAAGGACUUCGACUGCUGCUGCCUCUCCCUGCAGCCCUGCCAUGACCCCGUCGUCACCCCGGACGGCUACCUGUAUGAGCGGGAGGCGAUCCUGGAGUACAUUCUGCACCAGAAGAAGGAGAUCGCGCGGCAGCUGAAGGCCUACGAGAAGCAGCGGGGCGCCCGGCGGGAGGAGCAGAAGGAGCUGCAGCGGGCGGCGGCACAGGACCAGGUGCGGGGCUUCCUGGAGAAGGAGGCGGCCAUCGUCAGCCGGCCCCUCAACCCCUUCACGCCCAAGGCCGCCCCGGGAGCUGGCCCAGAUGAUGCCCAAGCGGGUCCCAGCGCCGCCGGCCCCGCAGGCAAGGACAAGGACAAGGACAAGAUGCUGCCCAGCUUCUGGAUCCCGUCGCUGACCCCCGAGGCCAAAGCCACCAAGCUGGAGAAGCCGUCCCGCACCGUGACCUGCCCCAUGUCCGGGAAGCCCCUGCGCAUGUCCGACCUGACGCCGGUGCGGUUCACGCCCCUGGACAGCUCCGUGGACCGCGUGGGGCUCAUCACGCGCAGCGAGCGCUACGUGUGCGCCGUGACCCGGGACAGCCUGAGCAACGCCACGCCGUGCGCCGUGCUGCGGCCCUCGGGCGCCGUGGUCACCCUGGAGUGCGUGGAGAAGCUGAUCCGGAAGGAUAUGGUGGACCCUGUGAACGGGGAGAAGCUCACAGACCGCGACAUCAUCGUGCUGCAGCGGGGCGGCACGGGCUUCGCGGGCUCCGGAGUGAAGCUGCAGGCGGAGAAGUCGCGGCCUGUGAUGCAGGCCUGAGCGCGGGAACCAAAUAAAGGACUUGGAAGCGA